AUGAGUGUCCCUGGUGAAACAAUUGUUAAUUUAAGAGCUCAAGUGAAUCAAAAAUUAGUUGAAUCAGGAGCAUAUGAACGUAUUUCGUCGCAUUUAGCUAAAAGACUUCACGAAUGUGGAUGGUAUUCGGAUAUGAAAGACCAUACUCUUUUUAAAGUACGUCAUCAGGAAAAACCUAAUUUUGAAGCUUUAGUAAAAGAAAUUGAGCCAAAGGGUUUGGCCACUGUUCCCGAGGAUCUUAAAACAGAAGUUCUUGGAAUGAUUAGGAAAUUUUUAGAAGAAGUUGUAACAGUAGAUGACGUAGAUAACUGUUAA